AUGACAAUCAAGAGAGCAUACUCUCCUUUCUCAGCUCUCUUGAUUUCAAUAAUUAUUAUAGAAAACCUACGAUUCGACGUCGUUUAUGGCUACAAUCGACCACCCCCUCGUAAAACCAUAUUUACCUUUCACAAAGAUGACGACUCCGCGCCACAACAGGUACAUAUAUCUCAAGUUGGUCAAGACAAGAUGAGAAUAUCAUGGAUCACAGGUAACCCAACCCUAGCAAAAGUGGAAUACAAUCAAUUUCUUUCGGAAAAUAAAAUUUCUGUCACUGGAACCACCUCUUCUUACCGUUAUAUUAUUUAUAACUCCGGUAAAAUUCACAACGUUGUAAUUGGUCCUCUCAAGGCUAACACAGUCUACCACUACCGUUUGGGUGAAUCUCCCAAAACAUACAAUUUCAAGACUGCACCUGGUCAAUUUCCAAUCAAGUUUGCAAUAGUUGGAGAUCUUGGACAGACGGGGUGGACAACUUCAACUCUGAACCAUAUAGCUAACUCAAGUUACGACAUGUUGCUAUUACCAGGAGACUUAUCCUAUGCUGAUUUUAUACAAAAUCUAUGGGACUCCUUUGGUCGUUUGGUUGAACCUUUAGCAAGCCAACGUCCAUGGAUGGUCACUCAAGGUAACCAUGAAGUCGAAAGGAUUCCAGGCAUCCACAAAACACCAUUCACAGCAUACAAUGCAAGAUGGAAAAUGCCAUUCGAAGAGAGUGGAUCAGACUCUAACCUUUAUUACUCUUUUGAUGUGUCCGGUGUUCAUGUCAUAAUGUUGGGAUCUUAUACUGAUUUUCACCAAAGUUCUACGCAAUACAAAUGGCUUCAAGGGGAUUUACAGAAGAUAAAUAGGGCAAAGACUCCUUGGAUAGUGGUGUUGCUUCAUGCUCCAUGGUAUAAUACUAAUAAAGCUCAUCAGGAUGAUGAUGAAUCUAUUGACAUGAAGGCUUCUAUUGAAGAUUUGCUAUAUCAUGCUCGCGUUGACGCUGUUUUUGCAGGGCAUGUUCAUGCCUAUGAACGCUUUACUCGAGUUUAUAAAGAUAAAAGUGACAAUUGUGGUCCGGUGCAUAUUACUAUUGGGGAUGGUGGCAAUCGUGAAGGACUAGCCAGAAGGUACCAAGAUCCUAAGCCAGAUAUAUCAUUGUUCAGAGAAGCUAGUUUUGGACAUGGGUUAUUUGACGUGGUUAAUGCAACACAUGCACGUUGGACAUGGCAUAAGAAUGAUAAUGAUGAAUCUGUUGUUAGUGAUUCUGUUUGGCUAACAAGCCUAUCCUCUAAUGCCGCUUGUAAAGUGUGA